UAUGGUGCUUGCUCCACUAUUUUACCAUUCAACUCUGCAGGUUUGAACAGAGUUUUAUCAUGAUGCGGUAAGCGUGAAGCCUGCAACAAGGUGUGAAUCUUUCACCACAUAUGAGAACUUGUAGUGAGAGUAGCUCGUAAAAGUAGAUCUGUCCGAUUUAUUCAUCAAUGGCAAUGAAUGAGGCAGAGGUAAUGAAUCCAGAUAUGUAAAAUUUCACUGCAGCAGGUUUUUAGAACUUUGCAAAGAUGAUGGCUCAGUUUCAAACUUUCCAAGCCACUUCUAGAUCUAAUACCAACCUUCUUCAAGAUCCUUCAAGUUGUUACUACCUUCACCCAAGUGAGACACCUGGAAUCGCUCUCACAACCACUCCACUGACCACAUUGAACUACCACACUUGGUCCAAAUCUGUGUGGAUCUGUUUAAAAUCGAAGAAUAAAAUUAGAUUCAUUGAUGGCACGUUACUCCAACGGAUGACGUUGCAACACGUUUGUACUAUCGUGGCUACAUGGAUCAUUGAGUCCAGAAAUUUUGCAGAGUACUGUGGUGCGACAAUGGACACGAACUGUGGAAGGACCUCAAACAUCGAUUUUAUGAGGGCGAUCUAUUUCGGAUUGCUGAGCUUGAGGAAGAUCUGUUCAGCACAAAGCAAGGUGAAAGAGAGUCAUACCAGAUUAGCUAAGGCAGUGUCAAAUUUGUCAAUACUGGAGGUGAAAAAGGCCAAUUCGGGGCCAAUAAUGUCAGAGGAAGAGGAAGAGGGCGUGGUAAAGGUGGCAAAGGUACUACUAGAGGAGCUCCCAAAUUUUGCUCUUAUUAUGGAAAACAAGGUCACUUAGUGGAUACAUGAUACCAGAAGCAUGGCUUUCCACCACAUCUGCAACAAAAUCACUCUAAUGGAGUACCUCUUUCAGCUAAUUCAGUGAACUCAGUGGUAGUUGCGAGUAAUGCAGAAUGCAACCCCACAGUUAUCCAAAAUGAAGGCAAGAUCAGUUUGGAUGGGAUAUUCUCGGAUAGACAGAAAGAAGCACUUAUUGCACUAUUCCAGUAACAUAAAGAACCUCUUGAUGAUGAAAAUUUGGCAACCAUUCAUGCUCCUUUAGCCGAUUCAGGAGCGGCCUACCUUGAGGAUGAUUGGAAUUGCUGAUCAAAAGUGAGGACUGUAUACAAUGAAUACUCAAGCAAAGAUGGCUGUUAACUUUAGCAAAUUAGAAGAAAAGAUUUUGAAUAUUAUGACAGAAGAACAGGACACUUCACACACUUCACAGAGUGUUCUUUGGCAUUAUAGGUUAGGCCAUAUUUCUUUUAGUAGAUUACAACAAUUACAAAAAAUUCAUCCAUUCAUCUCAUGUUCAAACAAUGA